CUGACUGAAAUCUCUCAGCAUAAGCAAAUUGACAAUAAAUGAGGCUCUCCGCUGGGAGGUUGAAGGGAAGCUAGACCAGAGAGAGAGAGAGCACAUCAGAGGGAAAAGAAAAAAGACCAGCGUAACUUGAAUUGGACCGGCAAAGUCGGCCCCUCAGCAAGGGUGCAUCUUUGCCUCUCUCCACGGUACUAACCGAUUUGGGGAUGAAUUGUGAAUUUGCCACGUUCUUAUAGUCUCAGUAGUGUGUAACCAUAACCGCAGCUCAGCUCACUAUUUGCCUUAGCGCGGACUAAAUCACCCUCCAAGCUGCCGUCUCCUGCCCCGAACGAUCAGCUCCACGGACAGCGACUAGCACAGAGACUGAGAGAGGAGAAACAAUUCCUCUGGCGUAUCACAGGAACUACACAUCACUCUCAGAGGUCCGUCUCAUCAACAGUGGGUGGAACUCCAUCCUCUCCUCAUUGGUAGAACCACUUUAGAAGACCUUUCCCUGAUACCUUUGGAAAAUUGAAGCAAGCACUCACAUUAUCUUCAGCAAAUGUACUGUUGUUGUUGUUGUACUAUGCUAGUCCAUGCUGCUAAAAUAUGCUGACUCACAUGAUCAGUUGACACAAAUGACGUGGUCCUUCCAUGAGGAUUCGGCCACUACAAAGUCUGCAACUGAAGAUAUAUGGUUUUGUCAUUUUCCUAUGGAGCAAUAAACCCCAACUGCUAUAUUACUGAGCGGAUUCCAGGGUUAUGGAGCCUCAGAGGUGUGUUGUGAGUCCUUGAUCACAGCAGUAGCACAUUAGACUCAAUGGAACUGCGCUGAGAGAGUGGAUGCACCAGUCUGUAUGGCUUAAACAGACCAUAAUAUAUCAAUGCAAUUCUCCUAACCUGGAUUCGUUCCAUUGCCCUCCUGGUCCUAAGAGUGUUGUCUUUCUCAAACGGAUCGAUGGGGGACCCAUUGCGUCAUACUAAGGAGUGGGAGUGCAUUUUCUCAAUAAUGUAAAAAAAAAAAUGGAAUGUAUUUGUUACCCUAAUAGGGAUUGAUCAGGUACACUUGACAUUUUCCCCUAAAAUAACUCAAUAAGAAAACUGUAAAGUAGGACUACAAGUGCAGUUGGACUACAAGUGCAAUAUAACUACAAGAGCACUAGGACUACAAGCGUAAUAGGAUUACAAAAAAAGUGUAAUAGGACUACAACAGGUCCAUUGUACCUGAUGCAAUAGGACAACAAAUGCAGUAGAACAUCACUUUUUUUGUAGGACUACAACAGGAAGUUCAGUUCAGCAGAACUACAUUGCCCACCAUGGUGUUGCCGCAGCCAGACAAACGCCACGUGUGCCUGACCACCAUGGUGAUCAUGACCAGCAUGGCCUUCAUGGACGCCUAUCUGGUAGAGCAGAACCAGGGGCCCAGGAAGAUCGGAGUGUGCAUCAUCGUGCUGGUGGGAGACAUCUGUUUCCUCAUCGUGCUGCGCUACGUGGCAGUGUGGGUCGGGGCUGAGGUGAAGACCGCCAAACGCGGCUACGCCAUGAUACUCUGGUUCCUCUACAUCUUCGUCCUGGAGAUCAAGCUCUACUUCGUCUUCCAGAACUACAAGGCGGACAGGAAAAGCCUGGAGACGGUGGCCCGGAAGGCUCUAACCUUACUCCUCUCCGUGUGCGUCCCGGGGCUAUACUUGGUCCUGGUGGCUCUGGACAGCAUGGAAUACGUGAGGACCUUCAGGAAAAAGGAGGACAUGCGGGGGAAGCUGUUCUGGGUGGCCCUGGACCUGCUGGAUGUUCUGGACAUCCAGGCCAACCUGUGGGAGCCCCAACGGACCGGCCUGCCCAUCUGGGCCGAGGGACUGAUGUUUUUCUACUGCUACAUCCUGCUCCUAACCCUGCCCUGCGUCUCCCUCUCUGAGAUCAGUGUCCAGGGGGAGCACGUCUCGCCCCAGAAGAUGAUGCUGUACCCUGUUCUUAGUCUAGUUACUAUAAACAUAGUCACCAUCUUGAUCCGCGGGGUUAACAUGGUGCUGUUCCAGGAUAGUAGGGUGUCUACCAUCUUUAUAGGGAAGAAUGUGGUGGCUAUAGCCACAAAAGCCUGUACGUUCCUGGAAUAUAAGAGGCAGGUGAAGGAGUUCCCUCCACGGGACCCUAGCAUGGCAGGUAUAGCCCUGGAGCUGCAUCAAGGGAACUCUGUGGGUCAUAGCCACGGGCACAACCAGACCCUGCCCAAUGCCACCACUAGCCUCUCUGACGAACCAUCACCGACCGAGGUCAUAGACACAUGACCCUCGCCCAUGGAUAGUUAGAUGCUUUUCACACUAUAAUGUCGACCGGAUCCAUAUUGUGACGGCUCUGAUAUUUACCUUUUACAUUGUGCUUACCAGCACGGGUUCAGCAACUACCAUCGCAGUACAGCUUGGCUUAGCUUGGCUCAGUAGUGUGAAAAGGGUGGUAAGUGUCUGACCCUGAGCUCAGCUAGACUGGACUAGACUUCUCAGAGCUCAGCUAGACUGGACUAGACUUCUCAGAGCUCAGCUAGACUGGACUAGACUUCUCAGAGCUCAGCUAGACUGGACUAGACUUCUCAGAGCUCAGCUAGACUGGACUAGACUUCUCAGAGCUCAGCUAGACUGGACUAGACAUCUCAGAGCUCAGUAUGACCUCAACCAAGACUGUUCCGGUCCUACGGAGUGGCAGAAAGAAACGACACGUUUCACUGAGACCACUCCAGCUCAGGAAAACGGCCCAGCGCCUUGCCAGCCAGCCUCCCAGAUGAACUGAUGAGAUCAUUCUGAUGAAGACUGAUGUGUUUGUCUAUUCUAUGAUGUGUGUUUCUAUACUUCUCUAUGGUGGACUAACAGACAGACGGACACAUAGAGUUGACCUCAGAGACAAAAACCCAACCCAGCUCAGCAGAUAUGAGCUCAUAGUCUACCUGUUAACCAUACCUGGGUUCAAAUACUAUUUGAAACCAUGUCAACUACUUUAUCUGGACUUGAUUGAGCUUGCCUGACACAAUGGAACGGAUGGAAUAGUAGCAAGAGUGAAAACCACACUCGCCUGGCACUCCAGGCAGACUAGAGCAAAAACCUAAAAGUGUAUUUUUAAAUUCAAGUAGUAUUUGAAGCUGUAAACGCUGUCUUUUUUGACUCUUUGGAGUUUUUGUAUUUCCAAGGCAAUGUUUUUACGUGAUGGUGUACCGCUGUAAUUCUCGUUGUCAUUUUAAAGAUAUCUAUCUAUAUACAUAUAGCCACUGUCAUUGAAGUGGUAUUCAUUUGAGGAUUCCUGUCCUCUGCGAGAGAAUUGCAGAGCAAGAAUUGGUAGAGGGGAAACAAAGAGGCAGAGGGAAGGUAUGUGGGGUUGGAGGAGGAAGCAAGAGAGAGAUGGAGGGAAGGUGAGCGUGGGAGGAAAAUGGUUGUGGAGAUGGGCAGUGUGUGUGUGUGUGUGUGUGUGUGUGUGUGUGUGUGUGUGUGUGUGUGUGUGUGUGUGUGUGUGUGUGUGUGUGUGUGUGUGUGUGUGUGUGUGUGUGUGUGUGUGUGUGUGUGUGUGUGUGUGUGUGUGUGUGUGUGUGUGGGAGGAUGGAAAGGGGUGGAGAGAUGGAGGUGUAAGCCUCUCAGAAGGGGAUGUCCCUGGUACUGUGUGGAUUUUGAAGUAUGAGACCAGACCAUAUGCACAGUGUCCAUAUUAGGACAGCCUUAGAGUCACAAGACGUUAGUGUCAGACACCAGGGCCUGUAUGUGUCAAGCGUCUCAGAGGAGGAGUGCUGAUCUAGGAGAAGGGUUUGCCUUGUAAACCAUAAUUAAUAAGAGGCGGAACCUGAUCCUAGUUCAGAACUCCGACUCUGAGAUACUUUGUGAAUAUGGGCCCUGACUAUAUUAACUCCUUGUGACUCAGAGGCUGUAAUAACAGGUGAUUUACAGACCUGUCUGCUUCACUGAGCUCAGCAAUAUCUGUCGAUGGAAGAAUAAAGAAGGUUCACAGGACCUAUA